GUGUUUCCGUGUGUUACAGCGUGAGGCGUCCGUCUCAAAGGAGAGUCAUGGCAGCCUCAGGUCUCUUUAAAACUGUAUUAUACACGGUUAACAAUCUCCUGCAACAACACAAAUAUAAAACUGCUCUGGCAGUCGUCAAAGGCUUCAGGAAUGGAGCUGUAUAUGGGGCUAAAAUUCGUGCCCCUCACGCCCUAGUGAUGACGUUUCUGUUCAGAAGUGGCAGUCUGAGAGAGAAGUUUAGGGCGAUCGCUCAGGCCACAUACACUCACUCCAGGAAUCUAGCCUGCUUUGUGUUCACUUAUAAAGGCCUGCAGGCUCUCCAGCAGCGCUUGCAGGGAAAACAGCUGCAGUCUCACUCGUUUCUGGCUGCCUGUGUUGGAGGCUGGCUGGUGUUUGGAGAAAAUAACAACAUCAACAGCCAGAUAAACAUGUACCUGCUGUCCAGGAUUCUCUUUGCUUUGUCUCGACUGGCCGUGGAAAAGGGCUUCAUCCCGCAGCCCAAGAAAGACCCGUUCCCGCUGUUUGCCACGCUGGUGUGGGGAAUCGUGCUCUGGUUGUUUGAGUAUCAUCCUCAUACGCUUCAGCCGUCCCUCCAGUCCUCCAUGAACUACCUCUACCACGACAGCAACACAUGGCAUGACAUUUCAGACUUUCUCAUCUAUAACAAACCAAAAGCCAAAUGAGUUGGACAACUUUAGGCUCCUGCAUUAAACCAUAGAAUCUAGCAAAAUAAGAGACCACUUUAGAGUUUUUGUUUCCUUUUAGUUUUGUUGUAUUGAAGGGUUUAAUUACUUUAACUUUAUUUGUGAUACAUAUAGAAAUCAGAGAUGUCAAAACUGUGUUGCCUUACGUGUUACAGGUUGCACUAAUUGACUUCUUUGCACACUGUCUAGAUUAUGUUCGCUCCACUUUAAAUGAGAUUUACUACUUUCACUUCUGUGAUACGGUUCAAACAGGGUUGGAAGGAAGAAGACGGGGUCGAGGUAGUGAGACUCGUGGCUUUUUAUUAAAUCUGGGUAACACCCCAAAUAAACGCGUGCAGCGUGCGCUACAAACAGAUUCUCAAAUAGCAGCACACGAGUCCUCCGUCUCAAGUCUCUCUCCUUAGUCCCGUUUCCUGGAGGCUUUAUCCCAUGUUUGUCAUCUUGAACUUGACCCAUGUACUUACUCUCUCUCUCGCCGUAGACCCCGCCGGACCACGCCCCCCUCACCACAACUUCAUGAUAACUUUAUUAAACCAUCGUGAAAGAACAGAAACCAACAUUAUUUUAAAUCUCUCAAAAACAUUUCCGUGACACAUUUCAUCCUAAAGCAAUUGAAAGCAAUUAUUUUGCUUGAAGUAUUAUGUUAUUUUGCAUAAGGAAAAUGUUUGCUUUUAGGACCGUGCUAGUUAGUUUCUCUAACUAAUGAUGUAUAAUGUUGCACUUAACAAUUUUAAAACAUAUGCUUUUUUUGCAUCAUGGUAAUGAGAAUUGCAAUCUGUGCAAUUUAAAUUCCGUGUUUUUCUCUUGUUUUUUGGGGGGGUGAAAUAUGACCCGGGUGUUUUGGUGAGAUUCUGCAGUCAGUCACUGGUGUUUUUUCCCGCUCUACUGUAUUUUAACGAAUGUAGAUCUGACUACUGUUUUGUAAAACAGCACUUUUUGGUGUCACAUGACUUUAUAAAGUAAACUAACAAUUAAUCAAACAAACAAACAGAUGAUGGCAUUGUGUACUCUGUUGAUUAAUGCUUUAUUAUAAUUAAUUGUCAUGUGGGUCCAUAGUUUAUUCUGGAUUCUCACCACAGCAUUGUUAAUUUGGGUAGGUACUUAAUCUAUUUUAUUCCUCUGCUGAUUGCAAAACUAUUAUUAAUCAAAAUGCAAGGGCCAAUAUGAGCAACAAUUUAGUACGUUGAAAUUCAAAAGUAAUUUUGUGCCAUUAUAUUCAAGAUUCAUUUUUCCAUGUGUUGUAUUUGUGUGGAUUUGAUGUAAGAAUGUAUCUAUUAAUUGAUUAAAUACAGAACCAGAA